GCGGGACUACGGGAGGCAUUUCAUUGAUAUUUCCUACAGCUGGUAGAGGAAGAUUAGCCACACUGAGAGAACUGUGAGAGGAAAGUGAUGACGGCUUGAUGUGGAGGGUUUCUAAAGAGGGCAAGAGAAUUGUUUUGUUGGUUUAAAGCGUGGCGCACCAAAGACUACAAAAUACAAAGCCAAAAUGCUCUGCCACGUUACUCGUCCGGACUCGGUGGUGAUGGAAGUGAAAGUUGACGCGAAGGCGAACGGAGAAGACUGUCUUAAUAAGGUUUGCAGAAAGUUGGGCAUAAUUGAAGUGGAUUACUUCGGGCUGCAGUUUACCGGCAGCAAAGGAGAGAAUUUGUGGCUGAAUCUGAGGAACCGCAUCUGCCAGCAGAUGGAUAACGUGACACCCUGUCGGCUGAGGCUGCGAGUCAAGUUUUUUGUGGAACCCCAUCUCAUCCUACAGGAACAGACAAGACAUCUAUUCUUCAUGCAUGUGAAAGAAGACCUCCACAAUGGACACCUUCGCAUGUGCUCCGAGCAGGCGGAGGAGCUAAGCGCUCUGCUAGCGCAAGCAGAGUUUGGGGACUACAACCAAAACACGGCCCAGUACUGGUAUUCAGAGCUGUGUGGAGAGGAGCCCGACACUGCCACCAUCAACAGCAUCAUCUCCAGACACAAAGCUUUGGAGGGUUUAAGCCAGGCCUCAGUGGAGUACCAGGCCUUGCAGCUCAUUUCUGCUCUGGAACAUUACGGCGUGGAGUGGCACUGGGCGCGUGACGCAAAUGGUCAGCGACUGGCUAUCGGAGUGGGGCCAGAAGGGAUCGCCAUCUGUAAGGAGGAUUUCAGCUUAGUUAACAGAGUAAGCUACCCCAUCAUCCAGAUCGCCACCCAGUCGGGGAAAAGCGUCUACUUGACUGUAACAAAGGACACAAAUGACAGCGUGGUUCUUUUAUUCAAACUGAUCAGUAACCGGGCAGCGAGCGGUCUGUACCGAGCCAUCACAGAGACGCAUGCCUUCUACAGGUGUGAUACGGUUACCAAUGCCGUGAUGAUGCAGUACAGCAGAGAUUUUAAGGGUCACUUGGCUUCCCUAUUCCUCAACGAAAACAUCAACGUGGGCAAGAAGUACGUCUUCGACAUCAGACGAACCUCCAAGGAAGUGUACGACCACGCUCGCCGUGCUCUGUACAACGCUGGCGUUGCGGACUUGGUGUCUCACUCUGAGAGCGGAGAGCGCUCCUCUCCCUCUCACUCCCCAAGCAGGGCCAGCCAGCAGGACAAGGGACUGGACUGCAGCAGUUGCGAGCAGAGCCGGGCCCUGCAGGAGCGGCUGCAGAAACUCAAAGAAGCUCUGCUGUGCAUGUUGUGCUGCGAGGAGGAGAUUGACGCAGCAUUCUGUCCCUGUGGUCACAUGGUGUGCUGCCAGAACUGCGCAAAUCAGCUGCAGCUGUGUCCUGUGUGCCGGUCAGACGUAGAGCACGUGCAGCACGUCUACCUGCCCACCUGCACCAGCCUCCUCAGCCUGACGCUGAAUGACAACCACCAGCACCGCAGCAGCAUUCCCACUCCCAUCCACAGAGACACGGACUCCCCUCACAGCUGCUCCACCACGGAGUACGAACACAAGCUCUACCAUACGUAAAGACUUUAGAAACCCACCAAAACUUCAUUAUGAACACUUUAAAACCCCACCAGCAGAGUUUCACAAAGGAGAAACAAUUCUGAUGAUGUAAUACUCCAGACCCUUGGAUCACUCCUACCUUUUUUUUUUUUCCCUGAGUAUUGUUUGCUGUGUGUUACUCUGUGAAAUGCCAUUUACAUACCUUAGAUUUUUUAUUUUAUUUAUUUUUUUGUCAUUUUGGUUUUAGUAAAUUAUGGGAUCAGUUGACCUGAUGCUGAAAUAUAAUCUUUGAAUACUUGGUUGCUUUCUACUGCAUUUCUUUGCUCAUGGCUCCAUAAGGCAAUGAUUGUUUAGAGGAGCUAACCAUGGUGAAAUUUUAUUUGUACGUUAUAUUUUUACGUUUGCCAUUUUAAAACUCUUGUUUUACUUUAUGAAUUGAAUAGUAGGGUUUAGGAGAGCAUAUUUCGGUUCGUCUUUAUUUCUCAUGUCCUGUUUUAUUUUCCAUGCCAAU